ACAGUGUGCGCGGCUCGGGGAGAAGCUGCAGAGCCCGGAUCGAGCAGCUGCUAAGGAUCAGCAAGGGAGAGGAUCAGCGCAUCUCGGGCGUGCUGAUCUAAAGCAUGGGGUCUUCGAGCACCAGCAUGCAGAAGAGCUGCCGCUUCCCUUUGAUGUGUCUGUUACUCUUCACAGCAGCAGAGUGCUUCUCUGGAGACCAUGAUCAUUUCUUGGCAUUACAUCAGAGGAAGAGUGGGAAGCCCAGGUUUAUUUACCGUCAUGUUCAAAGUAUCGAAAAGAGUUUACACUUGGAAAGACAGAAGAUGCCUAGUCAGAAUUUUCAUUCUUCCACUCAUCUGAAAGACAGCAAAUAUCUACCUACAAUGUUGGCCUUCCCACGCUCAUCACAUGGCCAGGCUCUUAAUUUGCUGGCUUCUAAUGACCCAGAUGUUGAAGUAGAAAAUCAACCAGUCCCACAAUCAUGUGUGAUUCUAGUGAUGCUGAAAAUGGAUGUAAACAAACUGAACACAACAUUGCUCCGGAGGUUCCGGCAGGGAAUCGCUGCAGCUCUAGGAUUAUUGCCGCAGCAAGUUCACAUCAAUCGACUGAACGGUAAGAAGAAUUGUGUCGAGCUCUUCAUUUCUCCGCUGAACAAGAAAAUAGGUGUUCCAGAUGCUCUUCCUUCUGCUGAAGUUUUACGGUCCCUAAACCUGCAUACCCUACACCAAAGACUGUCGCAUUUUGGAAUCACUGAAGUCUCAGCAGAGAAAAAUGUUCUACAAGGACAGCAUGAAGCAGAUAAGAUAUGGACCAAAGAAGGUUUUUAUACCAUAGUCAUCUUCCUCAGUAUCUUCGUCAUAAUUGUCACGUGCUUGAUGGUUCUCUACAGAUUAAAAGAAAAAAUUCAGUUUUCAUUAAGGCAGGACAAAAAAAACCAAGAGAUACACCUGUCGCCUCUCCCUGUUCAGCCUACACAGUCUGAGGCAAAGUGCUCUGGCAGUAUGGUCCAUCAUGCACGUAUCCCUAAAGCUGUGAACGUUGUUGUAGACCCGCAGUACCAGGGAACAGUGGAGAUAAAACUUCCAGCAUCUGCUGGACCCUCCCCGUUUAAAAUGAAGCCAGUGGGCCUGCAAGAAAGGAGAGGUUCCAAUGUGUCACUUACCCUAGAUAUGAGCACAUUAGGAAUUGUUGAGCCUUUCAACAUCAUACAGACACCUCGGGAGACAGUAGCCAAUGAAUACCUACAGUCAGCUAGUCGAGUCCUGACGAGGCAGCAGCUGCGUGACGUGGUUCAAAGUUCCCAUCUGCUUCACACCGAGUUCAUGGAAAUACCAAUGAAUUUUGUGGAUCCCAAAGAACUUGAUAUCCCAAGUCAUGGAACCAAAAACCGAUACAAAACUAUAUUACCAAAUCCAGCAAGUCGAGUGUGCUUGAAACCAAAGAUUAUGAAGGAUUCACUGGGCACGUAUAUAAAUGCUAACUUUGUCAAGGGUUAUGGUGGAGCUCCAAGGGCAUUCAUUGCUACUCAAGGGCCAAUGAUUAACACAGUGAAUGACUUCUGGCAGAUGAUCUGGCAAGAAGAUAGUCCUGUAAUUGUUAUGAUUACCAAACUAAAAGAAAAAAAUGAGAAAUGUGUUCUCUACUGGCCAGAAAAGAGAGGAAUCUAUGGAAAUGUUGAAGUCCUUGUUAACAGUGUAAACGAAUGUGAAUACUAUACCGUUCGGAUUCUCACUCUGAAGCAAGGAAGCCAGUCACGAAUUGUAAAGCAUUACUGGUACACCUCCUGGCCUGAUCACAAGACUCCAGACAGCGCACAGCCUCUUCUUCAACUAAUGCUAGAUGUUGAGGAAGACAGAAAAGCAUUUCCAGGCAGGGGUCCCGUGGCCGUACACUGCAGUGCGGGGAUCGGUAGAACUGGUUGCUUCAUCGCUACAUCUAUUGGUUGCUGUCAGUUGAAAGACGAGGAUGUUGUAGAUGUGUUAAAAAUUGUCUGCCGGCUGAGGAUGGACAGGGGAGGAAUGGUCCAAACGAGUGAGCAAUAUCAGUUUGUGCACCAUGCCCUCAGCCUUUAUGAAAGCCGACUGUCCACACAAAGCGUCCAGUGAGGAACCGACGACAAAUAAAAUUGGUCUCUUUUUAAGGUAAUUCGAUUACCAACCAGCAGUUUCAUGAAGGAGUGAAGAAGACUGCUAGGAAGGAUGUAUGAAGACAACCUGUUUUAAGCUUGAUGGAGAGCCCAGCUCAACAGGGAGGACAAUAUUAUGUCAUUGAAUGUAACUGAGCUGUAAGCUUCUGCACAGAAGAAGAGGUUCUUCUUUGGUAUACAGUAGUUGUAUAUGGGUUUUACUUAUGUAUCCCGAAAGGGGAUGUAUUUCUCAAAUAGAAUUAUUUAUCACCAAGAAUGUAUGUAAUACUGAAACAGUCUAACAGUGGAUUUAUAAAGAUUAUUCAGUGUAUUAAAAACAUGUUUGCAAACUGUGUCUCGUAAAUGGACUGUCAGCUGUCACUCUGUACCUGUCAAGUGCUAUUACGGUCUAUGUGGUGAUCCGAUUCCCUAACCACAUCAGAUAUUUGCUGCUAGUGUUGCAAGUGGUAGUUCUUAUUUGGUUUAUAAGAAGAAGAAAAAAAGAACAUUUUUUUUAAGACGUUUAAACAAGCGGUCAAUAUUUUGUAUGAAAAUGUGGUCUUGCUCUAUAACCAAUUUGUGAUUUUAUUUUUUGUAGAAAUAUCUAAGUAGCUACAAAGCACAAAGCCCUUUAAUUUGUGGAAAUGCAUCUCUACUAUAUACUAUAUGGUGUAAUACUUCCUUUUUUUCCAGAUCUAAAUACAGUGUAUUUGUACAUUCUGUGUUAUCAUAUAUGUUUAUAGCAUAUACUCAAAAAAAGGAGAAAAAAACAAACAAAAAAACUUAUUGUCUUUUACUAAAGAUUAAUUUAUGACUUUGUGUACUUGACCUCUUUAAAUGUCCUAGUGGCAGGGAGCUCUCGAAAUGAUUAUAGAAAAAUGUUUACCUGCCAUAGGAUAGGUUUACUUAUAUAUAUAUAUGUAUAGAGCAUAUAUCAGAUAGGAUAACCAGAUUUGCUGCUAUGAGUUUGUGUUGCAUUCCUUUGUAGGAUCUUGAUGUCCAGUGAAUUGGUCUUUUAUUGGCAAAAAAAUGUUAUAUGUACAAAGGGAUUAUUGAAUUUCUCAUGUAAACCUGUUGAUAUGUAUUGCCAAUAAAGUACACUUGAUUAAAAAUGA